CUUUAUUAUAAAAACUACAAAUUGUAAAAUUAAUUAUAAAAGAAUUACAAUUUGUAAAAAAAGUUGUAUUUUUGUUUAUUUAACGAAAAAUGACAGCAGCAACCACAAACAUUAUUAAUAAUGAAAAUAAUUGGCUUAAUCCCAGUAAUGUUCACCAACAAAUAGUUGAUGAUAAUUAUGACAACCAAAAUCGGACAAGAAAAGUAUCUUCAAGUUUAUUAGUAAUUGUUGAAUCACAACAAGAUUUAGAACCUGUCGCCCCACCCCCUUGUAGAGUAUUUAAAUUUGAUGGCCCGGCAGAUGGAGGCGGGGGAAGAAGAAUUGUGGAUAUCGGGAUUGAUGAAGAGGAAUUGGUAAGUAAAUGAGGAUUUUUUUGAAAAAGACGGAGUUUCUGUG